GAGUACAUCCCGUCUCCUCCGUGGUCUCGGGCGGCGCUGUUGAUGAACCCCCGCCAUGUCCUUGAGCUCCUGCGCCAGUGCCGCUCCAUCCGGCACCUCGACCAGCUCCACGCCCACCUCCUCGUCCACGGCCCAUCCGCCGAGGCCUCCCUCGCCUCCCAGCUCGUCGCCUCCUACUGCGCGCUCUCUGGUGGAGCCGGAGACGGCGGGCUCUGCCACGCCCGCCGCCUGUUCGACAGAGUUCCCGACCCGGACAGGUUCACUUACAACAGCCUUAUCAGGGCGUACUCCAACAGAGGUUGCCCCCAGGAGGCGCUGUGCCUGCACCGCGAGGCCCUCCGGCGCGGCAUCCUGCCGAACGAGUUCACGCUGCCAUUCGUGCUCAAGGCGUGCGCCAGGGCGCGAGCCGCAGAGCACGCGCUGGCCACCCAUGGAGUGGCUGUCAAGCUGGGUUAUGUGCGGCAGGUGUUCGUGGGCAACGCGCUCCUGCACUCGUAUGCGUCGGCCGGGUCGCUGCGGGACUCUCGGCGGUUCUUUGCUGAGAUGGCGCCGGACAGGAAUGUUGUGUCGUGGAACACGAUGAUUGGUGGAUAUGCACAGGCCGGGGAGACCAGCGAGGCGUGCGCCUUGUUUGGAGAGAUGAGGCGCCAAGGAGUGUUGGCCGAUGUGUUCACGUUCGUCAGCCUGCUUCUCGUUUGCUCAAGCGAGGGAAAUCUUGAGGUUGGUCAGCUGGUGCAUUGUCAUAUGUUGGCUAGUGGAUCCCGGGUUGAUCUGAUUCUUGGCAAUGCACUUGUGGACAUGUAUGGUAAGUGCGGGGAUUUGUGGAUGGCUCGUAGAUGCUUUGACAUGAUGCCCGUGAAGAAUGUCGUUUCGUGGACUUCCAUGCUUUGUGCCCUGGCAAAACAUGGCUCCGUUGAUGCUGCGAGAGAUUGGUUUGAGCAGAUGCCGGAGAGGAACAUAGUCUCUUGGAAUGCCAUGAUCUCUUGCUAUGUUCAAGGUGGCCGAUUCCGUGAAACUUUGGGUCUUUAUAACCGUAUGAAAUCUCUAGGUCUCACUCCAGAUGAGGUUACCUUGGCUGGUGUCCUCUCUGCCCAUGGACAAAAUGGCGAUUUGGCCUCUGGAAGGAUGAUACACUGUUAUAUUGAAGACAGCUUUCGUGAUCCUGGUGUCACUCUACUUAAUUCACUUCUUGAUAUGUAUGCAAGAUGUGGUCAGGUAGACACAUCCAUAAGCUUGUUCACUGAGAUGCCCAAUAAAAACACUAUCUCUUGGAAUGUGAUUAUUGGAGCGCUAGCCAUGCAUGGGCGUGCACAAGAGGCAGUCAAGUUCUUCAGAGCUAUGGUAUCUGAUGCCUUCUCCCCUGAUGAGAUCACAUUUGUCGGUCUUCUUUCUGCAUGCAGUCAUGGUGGUCUACUAGAAGAUGGACGGUAUUACUUCAAAGCCAUGAGACAUGUUUACAAUGUUAAGCCUGAAGUUGAGCACUAUGCUUGCAUGGUUGAUCUGCUUGGUCGGCGUGGCCAUCUUGCACAAGCUGUUGAUCUGAUAAAAAAUAUGCCAAUGAAGCCAGACGUUGUGGUUUGGGGUGCAUUACUUGGAGCCUGCAGGAUCCAUGGCAAUGUAGAGAUCGGCAAGCUAGUGAUCAAACAACUGCUUGAGUUGGAGGGAAUUAAUGGAGGCUUGUUUGUCCUAUUUUCUAAUUUGCUGUAUGAAACUCACCAGUGGGAGGACAUGAAAAGGCUCAGGAAGCUAAUGAGAGAGCGGGGAACAAAAAAGGAUAUGGGUGUUAGUUCAAUUGAAGUAAACAACAGCAUACAUGAAUUUGGAGUGGAAGAUAUUAGACAUGAAACCUCAAGUGAGAUAUAUGCGGCAGUUGAUCAGUUGGCAUAUCAUUUACUCUCUUUGCAUGUCCUGGCUGUGCAGCCAGUAGAACUCAUCAUGGAAGAGUGAAAUAAGCUAUUUAGGAGUGCUCCGAUAGCCAAUCUGAACCUAAUGCAGAGCAUGGGCUGCAAAGGGAUAUAUUCAUAUCAAGUAGCCUGUCUGAUGAAACCUGAAGUUUCAGGCUUUCUGCAGAUACCACGGUUCACUGGGGCAACCAACUCAACCAACUGUACAGACAGUUAGGUCAGUGGCACUACACCGACAACACUCAGGAUUCUCUGCCUUGGCUGUGAUGUCUCACCAAUAUCUGGAGAAACUAAAGCUCAGAAACGUAAGUUCAUCAGACCGACAGAACCACCUGAGAGCAUCCUGACUGCUAAUCACCUGUAAGGAACCAAGUUGUUCUUAGCUUUACUGGGGAUUGAACUGUAUACAUACAACAGUUUUCUUGUACUUUUACCUGGCCAGCAGUUUGACUGUGCCAUGAUCAUGACAGAAAGUUAAUCGUCACAUAUGAACUCACCAAAGAAAGAGGUAUUUGUAUUUUUGGUAGAAAAUAAAUGUUCGAUUGAUCAGCUGGAAAUUGGGAUCGGUGAUCUUUUUGACGGGAUUAUGCUAGGCAGGCUAUGCACCCUGCACCUGAUACACUCCUUGGAGGCCAAAUCCUAUUCAGCUGAUAUAUAUUCAGAACUGGUGCACAUGUUCAAGUUUCAGGCUAUCCAGGAUCCAGAUACUUCUCAAGGGUCCUUGCUGGUAAUAAGGACCUGCUAUCGGAACUACUAACCGAAGAAAGUGCACCACCGGCAUGUAACUAUUGAAUGAAUUUCUUCCUGGGGAUGGGCUUGUCUAAGAAAGAUGGUGUGCUCAAUGAUGUCUAGAUUGUCCCCACUUCUGGGCACGGUACUGAGCUUGUUUUGGAACCAGAGCUUGAGUUCCUGUUACAAACCACGAAGAAGCCUCUUAAAGCAACUGUGGAAUAUUCAAGGCACUUCAGCUAUUCUCUGGAGAGGAGGAUGAAGCCACUGUUUUCGGUAAUUGAGUGUAGAAGCAUAUACCGCAGUCUGACAGACAUAUUUCCAUAAAACAAUGAACUUUUUGCUGAAGCGUACUUGGUUGACUUACAAUUGAGGUAAGGUUGUUAAUUGACUUUCAUAAAGAGCUAACCAUGUUGUCAUGCCUGAUUAUACAUAUUUAUGCUUCCAUCUGGGGAGGCUGUUUUUUGAGAUGCAAAGCCACUUCAACGGUGUUGAUCAUUCAGAUGGCAAGCACUGUAUACCGCAUGAUACCAGAAGAUAAAGGUUUUUCAUGGUCUUAAUUCACUGUUAGAACACCAGUUUAUCAUAAUUGGGGAAUACUUUAAGAACUGGAUGACAAACACCUUUAUUUUUCACCA